UCCCUUCAUUCUUGCUAUUUUCUUUUUGACCCUGGAUGCGGUAAUUAUUUGUACAGCGCACUUCAGAUUCUUACAUCGAACUUCGAAGAAAAUCAGCCAAUAUCGCCAUGUCAACAUCGAGAGACACAAGGCGCAUCCGCGUAGCUAUAAUUGGAGGCGGCAUUACUGGAAUUAUAUUAGCACUGGGCCUACAGAAGCGCGGCGUUGACUACAUACUGUAUGAGCGAGCUUCGGCCUUUACAGAAAUUGGAGCUGGCAUCGGUUUCAGUCCCAACGCAGAGCGUGCUUUAGCCGUCGUGGACCCCGAAGUAUACCGCAUCUAUAAGCAAGUCGCACCAACAACUGACGGCGAAGAAUUCUUCCAAUGGAUUGACGGUUAUAAAACGAACGAGUUCGCAGCCAGGCUAUCAAUUGGCGUCGACUCCUUUCAGGGAGGUCGGCGUUCCGACUUCUUAGAGGCUUGGUCUACCUUGAUCGAUAAAAAUAGGGUCAAGUUCGGGAAGUCGAUAGUUUCAGUCAACCAGGACGAUGAUGGAGAAGUGUCACUGAACUUCAUGGAUGGAACAACCGAGAAAGCUGAUAUCGUCAUUGGCUGUGAUGGCAUCCGUUCCCGCGUUCGUCAACUCAUCCUAGGGGAAGGAAACCUUGCAUCAUAUCCAUCUUAUUCGAAUAAGUAUUGUUUCCGGGCCCUGGUUCCUAUGGACAAGGUCCGCGAGGCAUUAGGAGAGGAGAGGUCAACCGGUAGCGGGGACACAUUGAAUAGGCUCAUGUAUAUCGGACCAGGAGCACACGUUAUUAAUUAUCCAGUCGGGAAGAAACAAGUGAUGAACAUAUUGCUCGUCAUGAGCGAUCCGAACCCUUGGCGUACGAGCGACGGGAAACAAACGGCUCCAGGAAGUAAGGCAGACGCCACUCGCGCAUUUGCGGACUGGCAUCCCUUCGUGAGGGCAAUAGUUGACCUGCUGCCUGAUGAAUUGCAAAAAUGGGGUAUUUUCGACAUGUUCGAGCAUCCGGCACCGCAUUACAAUCUUGGCAGCAUGGCCGUUGCGGGAGACGCUGCUCACGCCGCCGGCCCUCACCUUGGUUCGGGUGCAGGCUUCGGAAUAGAAGAUGCCCUAGUCCUAGCGAGCUUGCUUGAAGCCGUCAACAAGGCGCUCGAGAGCCGAACCGACAAGACAAAAGUAGAACUAUGUCAUGCUGCUCUGGCCGCAUACAAUAACGUCAGAUACGAUCGAACUCAAUGGUUAGUUCGCGCUACUCGUGAGGCUUGCGCCUUGUUUCAUUGGGAAGAUCCGGAAAUCGGCGGCGACGUUGACAGAUUCCUACCGGAAAUUAGCAAACGGUUCCAUCAGAUAUGGGAUAACGAUAUUUUAGAGAUGGUUAGAGGCGCACUGGUGGUUCUUGACCAGGUGUUAGAUGAGAAGUCAAGGGGGAACACAUUGUUACCAAACUGAUGUAAAUACCAGGUACCUAAACCUUAGAGACCAUACUACGCUUCCACCUGUCAUAUCAAUCUGAAAAAAAUGUUCAAUGAUUUCUCUCCAUUUCUGUAUAUGCAGGGUAUCUCAAGAUGUAGUUUUAAAUAAUAUAAGAAUGCCAACUUGAUACGCCGUAUGCUGUGUAAUAU